AUGCACUUCUUCAAACUCAUCACCACCCUCGCCGCCGCCGUCUCGGUCUCGGCCAUCGACAUCCAGAAACACUUUGGCCAAAACUGCGGCGGCAACUUCCGCGUCUGCAGAGCCAUCGACCCGAACCGAUGCUGCGUCGGCGCCACGGCCGAGAGCGUCCUCUUCCGCUACAUUCCGUCCAACUGGCGCAUCGAGACCCGAGGCUACGACGGCGGCGACUGCCGCAACCGCCGUGCCACCAUCCUCUCGGCCGGCGCCACGUCCGUCUGCAUGCGCUCUGGCGGGUUCCUCUUUACCGGUGCCGGCUACGGCUUUGUGAACAGGAAGAGGGCGCCUCAGGAGGCCGGCGAGGAGACGUGUGCUGCCGCUGAAGGUGAGGGGCAGGAGCAGAAGUGCGAGUCUAGCCAGGAGCCUGAUACUCUGGUUCUUGUUGACGGCUUCACCAUUGCAGCCGACCCCAACGUCACUUCUGCCGCCGAUAUUCCUGACGAGUUCACGCCUCUGCGAAAGUAA